ACAAACCAAAACGGAUGCAAGACGUCGCCGCUCAGUAUUGGGGCCGAUGCUGAGAAGAUGGCACCGAAGCAGAAAAUUAGGAUUAAACUUAGGUCAUAUUGGGUGCGACUGAUAGAGGAUUCAUGCAAGCAAAUAGUGGAUGCUGCAAGGACUACCAAUGCAAAGACCAUGGGUCCUGUGCCGUUACCAAGCAAGAAGCGAAUUUAUUGUGUACUUAAAUCUCCACAUGUCCACAAAGAUGCCAGGUUCCAUUUUGAGAUCAGAACUCAUCAGCGCCUCAUUGAUAUUCUAUACCCGACUGCCCAAACAAUUGAUUCCUUGAUGCAGCUUGACCUUCCUGCCGGGGUUGAUGUGGAAGUCAAGCUCUGAGAAAGCAUUGCUUCAGCUUCAAUGGGCACUGUAUGUUCACACUUCUUAAUUUGAGAUAGGUUAGACACCCCCUCUUAGAACUGUAUAUGAGAAUUCCACCUCAUACAGCCCAAGCAGAAAAACACUCAAAUACUAGUUCCGAUGGAUAUGUAAUAGAAAGUUUGAAACUUCUUAAUCUUUGAUUCAAUCUUUUCUAUGGUGUAAGAAAAUUGUGAAAGCUCUUCUUUGUGGCAAUAAUGCCAAAUUAUCAAGUUGGUUCAGUUGUCU